UACAAGUUGGCCUUUCAGUCUUAAACCCACUGGGGGUUAAAGAAACCCCAUAGCUUGGAAGAAGUUUUGGGUGCUGAGAGGACUUUGAAGCUCUGUAUCUAUGGCGUCUCUCAAUUUCACACAGUUUCACUCAUUACCCAGGUGGCACUCAAAUUGGUCGUUUGCCCCAUCAAUAAACUUUGUGCAACUUCAAGAUCCUAGAUUGCAAAGAUGGGGUCCUAUGGCCACUUCUAAGAGAAAUAUUGUGGAGUCAUUAGCUAAGAAGGUGAUAAAUGAAGAAGUGGUAGAAAAGGAAAAAAGUAGAACUUCUAAACGAGCUUCGGUACGAGGUAAGAAGAAGGCAUCGCCCAAGACGACAGAGGAGAAUUCUGUGUUGGCGGUGAGUGGUGAUAUUACGGAGGAUGAAGCCACUACUCCUGCAUCCAGUGGAAGUUCCAAUAAAACCCGAAGAACUCGAACAAAAGCUACCUUGGCUUCUCCUAGUUCGGAUGAAGAAAAAAUUGAGAAGAAGGUGACUAGGCAGAGGAGGACUAAGAAGAAGGUUGAUAAUAAUGAGCGUGAAGAAAGUGAGGCAGAACUUAGUGAUCGUGAGGGGGACACAUUCAUCACAAAUGUGGAGGAUGAAAAUGAGGAAGACCUAGACCUUGGAAAUGGUGGAGAUGAUAUUAGCUUUACUUAUUGUUGGCCACCACUUGUUUGUUGCAUCGGAGCUGCUCAGCAUGCAUUUGUGCCCUCAGGAAGGCCAGCCAACAGACUUCUAGACUAUGAAAUGCAUGAAAGAAUGAAGGAUGCAUUUUGGGCCCCUGAGAAAUUUGUUAGGGCUCCUGGAGGAUCUGCAAGUAAUGUUGCAGUUGCUCUUGCGAGCUUGGGUGGUAAAGUUGCGUUCAUGGGGAAACUUGGGGAUGAUGACUAUGGCCAGUCCUUGUUAUAUUAUUUAAAUGUGAACAAUGUUCAAACCCGAUCAGUUCGUAUUGACAGUAAAAGAGUAACGGCAGCAUCACAGAUGAAAAUUGGUAAAAGGGGCAGCUUGAGAAUGACUUGUGUCAAACCAUGUGCGGAGGAUUCUUUGUCAAAGUCUGAAAUCAAUAUUGAAGUGUUGAAGGAGGCAAAAAUGUUAUACAUCAGCACAUCCUCCCUGCUUGACCGAAACAUGAGAUCCACUGCAUUGCAAGUCAUCAAAAUUUCAAAAAAAUUAGGGGGUGUUAUUUUCUAUGAUCUUAACCUUCCAUUGCCACUAUGGCAGUCUUGUGAAGAAACAAAAAUGUUUAUACAGCAAGUGUGGAAUCUUGCGGAUGUUAUUGAGGUUACCAAACAAGAACUUGAGUUUCUUUGUGGAAUCAAUCCCUCUGAGAAAUUUGACACCAAAGAUAAUGACAGAUCUAAGUUUGUCCACUAUAAACCAGAAAUUUUUGAUCUGCUUUGGCAUGAAAAUCUUAAGGUUUUGUUUGUGACAAAUGGAACUUCUAAGAUACACUACUACACCAAGGAGCACAAUGGCUUUGUUCUUGGGAUGGAGGAUGCACCUAUUACCCCUUUCACUCGUGACAUGUCAGCGUCUGGAGAUGGCAUUGUUGCAGCUCUCAUGAGAAUGUUGACAGUUCAGCCGCAUCUUAUAACUGACAGAGGAUACUUGGAACGCACUGUCAAGUAUGCCAUUAAUUGUGGAAUCAUCGAUCAAUGGCUGCUGGCUCGGGAACGUGGCUUCCCUCCUAAGGAAGGUAUGGAAGGAAAUGUGGUCCCUGAUCAAGAUGGCAUAAUGUCAAUAACAGAAAGGGAGUAUCGCACACUGGAGCCUGUAAGUUGACUAAGUUGGAGUUCCAGAUCAUAUAGUUUAUUGUGUUAUACACCUUUGAAAGGCCGGGAUUUUCUGUCCCCCGUAAAGGAAACUGAGUGAUUUUCUUUUCCUGUCAUUUUUUUUUUUUUGCACUGAUAUUGCUAUUGAAUGUAACUUGUUGUGUCAACAAAUUUAUAAGUAUGGAUAUUAUUGUAUUAACAUAACAUGAAAAUAGCAAGUUCACAAGUUCUGGUGUCAAAGGUUCUCCAGCUUGGAUUACUGUCUCUAUCAUAAAUAUUGGAUAUUGUGUUGAGGUUGUGGAGCCUAAAUGACCGUUGUUGGUUGUCUUGUGUGAUUUUUUUUA